AUGGCUGAUCUUGCUGCACUAAAGAGAGCUCGAGGGGGACACAGAGGAGUAGCUACACGCAGACUGAAGGAAGUGAAGGAUAUUUUUGCAGCUACAGAUGCCCCAGACUUGUUAAAGCUUGAUAUACUGAAGCGUGGAUUGGAAGAGACUCUUGAUUAUCUCAGAAAGUUUGAUAAUCAGAUUGCUGCCAUCCUUGAUCCAGGGGAUGUGACGAAGGAUAUUGAAGAUGCAGAGGAAGUGAUUGAAAGAAAACCUAAUGUACUCAACACAGAUGUCACUACAAUAAAGCUAGAUAUUAAAGAUCUUGAUAUUGUCAUUGAAGAGCUAACAAUACUCAAUCAAUUGGAUUGUACUAAAUGGAUUCAGUUUGGACUUCAUUUAGGAUUAUAUGAUCCUAGACUAAAGGCUAUAGACACUGACUAUAGAGGAAAAACAGUGGAGUGUUUCCGUGAGUGUAUGUCUGCCUGGUUAAGAGGAGAAGAUAAAGUGAGAGAGAAAGGAGGCCCCAGUUGGUCAUCAUUAGCUACAGCAUUGGAUACAAUAGAAGAGAAAUCUAUUGCUAGUUACAUUAGAAAUAAAUAUUCUACAUCAAACCAGUUGAUUGCCUAGUUCUUUUGUUUUU